AUGACUUGUGUUUUGUAUCUUACUUUCCAGUUGGCCUGCUGCUGUGGUACUGCCGCUUGUUCCUUGUGCUGCAAAUGCUGCCCCAAGAUAAAACAGUCAACCAGCACCCGCUUCAUGUAUGCACUUUACUUCAUCCUGGUGACUAUCAUCUGUUGUGUCAUGAUGUCAACAACAGUAGCUAACGAAAUGAAAACGCACAUUCCCUUCUACAAGCAGAUGUGCAAGGGUAUUCAAGCGGGUGAGAUGUGUGAGAAGUUGGUGGGAUACUCUGCAGUGUACAAAGUCUGUUUUGGAAUGGCCUGUUUCUUCUUUUUGUUCUUCUUGUUCACCAUCAAAAUUAACAGCAGCAAAAGCUGCCGAGCAUACAUUCAUAAUGGAUUCUGGCUUGUUAAACUUAUACUUUUGGCAGCAAUGUGCUCAGGAGCCUUCUUCAUUCCCGAUCAGGACACUUUCCUCAAUGCCUGGCGCUACGUAGGAGCAACAGGAGGUUUCCUUUUCAUUGCCAUUCAGCUCAUCCUGCUUGUUGAGUUCGCACACAAAUGGAAUAAAAAUUGGACCGCAGGUGCAAACCACAAGCAGAUGUGGAAUGGUUUGCUUGCCCUGGUCACCCUCAUCUUGUACUCCAUUGCUGUGUCAGCCCUGGUCCUCAUGGCUCUUUUCUACACACGCUCAGAGGGCUGCAUGUACAACAAGGUCCUGAUCGGUGUUAAUGGUGGCCUGUGCCUCUUUGUGUCGCUGGUGGCCAUAUCGCCCUGUGUCCAGAAUCGCCAGCCCCAUUCUGGUUUGCUGCAGUCAGGAGUUAUCAGCUGCUAUGUCAUGUACCUCACUUUCUCAGCACUAUCCAGCAAGCCACCAGAAACUGUCCUAGAUGAAAACAAUCAGAACAUCACAAUCUGUGUACCUGAAUUUAGUCAAGGCCUGCACAGAGAUGAAAACCUGGUUACUGGCCUGGGUACUACUAUUUUGUUUGGCUGCAUUUUAUAUUCUUGUUUGACCUCAACAACACGUGCAAGCUCAGAGGCACUGAGGGGAAUAUAUGCAACACCUGAAACUGAAGUCGCUCGUUGCUGCUUUUGCUGCGUGCCUGACGGAGACGCUGAUGCUGAAGAGCACACAGAAAAAAGGAGAGGCCAGACUGUGAUUUAUGAUGAGAAGAAAGGCACUGUGUACAGUUAUGCCUACUUCCACUUUGUUUUCUUCUUGGCUUCACUCUACGUGAUGAUGACAGUAACUCACUGGUUCCAUUAUGAAAGUGCUCAGAUUGAAAAAUUCUUCACCGGAACCUGGUCCAUCUUCUGGAUUAAGAUGGUCUCCUGUUGGGUUUGUGUCUGUCUGUAUUUGUGGACUCUUGUUGCUCCACUCUGUUGCCCAACCAGAGAGUUCUCAGUGUGAACACUCAGAAGGUCCUUCUGUGUUUUUUCUCUUUUAUUUUUUCUUUUUUUCUUGUU